GUCAUGGCUCACAUUGACGCAUGUCGCAGUCAAGGGAGCCGUCUCCUGAAUGUAAUGAAAAGCACUUGAACAUUGGAAAUCUCUCAAUCAACAUGGCCCGACAAGUAACAACAUCAACUACUAUGACAUCAUUCUGAAUAGGGGGACACUGAAUGGGGAACCGACAAUCUACAUGUUUCCACAUUUAAAAAAAAAAACGUUUAAAAAAUAAAAAAAAUAAAAAAAUAAAAAAUUCAAAUACUGGGAAUUAUAUUUAUCGAAGUACCCAUAUCCUGACGCGCUUUCUGAUUGGCUUGUGUGCCGUUUCGACGAGGGGGGAGGGCCUUGUUGUGGGUUCUGGAAACAUGCGAGUGGGUACGAAUGAAAUAUAACGGGACACAGGAGUUACCUCCCUUACGCCGAGACGGUCAACCCGCACACCGCUUUGUUUAGCUUGCGACACUGACGACAAGGCUCACCCCACCAUGGCGCGAGUGUUAGACUUCGUCUUCUUUCUAUAUUUCGCCUCACACAUCCCAAUCACAAUACUCAUAGAUUCACAAGCUAUUUUCCCGUCGUCGUUUUUCCCAGAUCAGGUGGUGGCGCUGAAGGAAUGGUAUUGUCGGGAGUUCCGGGACCCCAUGAUGAUGGAACCUCCACAAUGGUUUCUCUCCUUCAUCUACUGCGAGAUCAUCUUCCAGUUCCCGUUCUUCUUCGUCGCGGCCUAUGCCUACUUCAAAGGAGCUGCUAAAUGCAAGUGGCUACGUCUUCCCGCCGCCGUCUAUGGAGCCCACGUCGCCACCACCGUCAUCGCUAUUGUGUAUCACGUGUUCACCUACGACUUCUCCACUUCAAAGCAUCCGGGUCCUCGAGAUCUAAAGGAGAGAAGCACGUUGUUCGCCAUCUACUCGCCAUACCUCUUUGUUCCCCUGUUGUUGGUGCUGGACACCACGUUCAGCGCCGCCUAUCGGUCGGGUCCGUCUGGCUACAACACCUCUAACAAGAAAAGAAGAUGAACCUUUUAGAUUCACACGUUUCUUACAUCAGGGAUUUAUUUAAAAUGGACCUGACCACAAUGCCACGUUAUGCUUUAAUAGGCUGGAUAAAUUAAAUAUUAAUUUAUAUUUUUCUUAUAUCAGGGCAGAGACCGUAUGGUCUGCUAUCAGGGAUCUAUUUAAACGGACCUGACCAUAAGGCCACUUUAUGCCUUGAUGAUCUAGAUAAGUUGAAAUACUAAACGUUUUGUAGAACACCAAGACCAAAGUUAUGAUUUAACAAAAUAAUGAUGAUUUUGUUAUAUAUUGUUCAACUUCCCACACAAUUCUCACAAAGAAGUAUAUAAAUUGAAAAUUCAAUCCAAAGUAUGGCCGAACUUGCACCAGGGAGAUAGUUUUGUAAUUAUUGUUUGUAUGUGCGCAGUGUUAUCAUCAUCAGCAUCACCAGUGUCAUCGUCAUCGUCAUCGCUUUCUUCAUCAACGUUUUCAUUACUUCAUCGUUACUAACAAUACGCAAGCUCAGAGCUCGGCAGCGGCUUGCAUGGCAACAUGGCGGAGGUAUAGACCGGCAACUACAACAUGGCGGAUAUAUAGACCGGCAACUACAACAUGGCGGAUAUAUAGACCGGCAACUACCACAUGGUGGAUAUAUAGACCGGCAACUACAACAUGGCGGAUAUAUAGACUGGCAACUACAACAUGGCGGAUAUAUAGACCGGCAACUACCACAUGGCGGAUAUAUAGACCGGCAACUACAACAUGGCGGAUAUAUAGACCGGCAACUACAACAUGGCGGAUAUAUAGACUGGCAACUACAACAUGGCGGAUAUAUAGACCGGCAACUACAACAUGGCGGAUAUAUAGACCGGCAACUACAACAUGGCGGAUAUAUAGACCGGCAACUACUACAUGGCGGAUAUAUAGACCGGCAACUACAACAUGGCGGAUAUAUAGACCGGCAACUACCACAUGGCGGAUAUAUAGACCGGCAACUACAACAUGGCGGAUAUAUAGACCGGCAACUACAACAUGGCGGAUAUAUAGACCGGCAACUACAACAUGGCGGAUAUAUAGACCGGCAACUACCACAUGGCGGAUAUAUAGACCGGCAACUACAACAUGGCGGAUAUAUAGACCGGCAACUACAACAUGGCGGAUAUAUAGACCGGCAACUACCACAUGGCGGAUAUAUAGACCGGCAACUACCACAUGGCGGAUAUAUAGACCGGCAACUACAACAUGGCGGAUAUAUAGACCGGCAACUACAACAUGGCGGAUAUAUAGACCGGCAACUACAACAUGGCGGAUAUAUAGACCGGCAACUACCACAUGGCGGA